AAGAUGUGAGGAGAAUGACAGAAUUGAUCAGAAUGAGAGAGAUGAAAGAUGAGUACACACUUUCUCCCGGUCGAGGAACUUUCCUUCGUCGCAGCCUUCUGGUUCUAGCUUCGCGCAUAUUUCUAGUGGUCCUCUGCAUUUUGGCCGAUUUCGCAAUCGGGGACCACGAACCCGAUCCAAGUGUGCGGAGAUUUGAAGGCAGAGAUGACUUCUCUCGUUUCGCACGUAGAUGGGAUAGUGCGCAGUUUUUGGAGAUCGCGGAAAGCGGUUACGAAGAGCAAGCACAAUACGCUUUCUUUCCUCUCUUCCCGAUCUUGGUACGGCAUUUCUGCAGAGUGCUGACGGGAGGUCGUGUGGACGUAGCGUGGUGUGGUGUGAUUCUGAACGCGAUUGCAAGUGUUUUCGCAGCACAUGCAUUGGCAGAGCUGACGGUUUUGGUUUAUUACUCGUCUUCGAAAAAGGACAAGGAGAACAGUGCUGUCGUGAAGAAAACCAAAAAUCAAGAACUACUUCUGAGGGACAAGAUAUUCUUUCUAGUGGCGUUUAAUCCAGCAUCAAUUUUUUUCCUCGUGAAUUAUUCCGAAAGCUUGUUUGCUUGCCUCUUCUUCACAGCGUUGUGGCAGCUGGAACGCGGUAGUUGGGUUUUAGCUGCAGUCUUCUUUCACUUGGCCUCGUGGACGCGCGCAAAUGGGAUUCUUGCCAUCAUCAUUGUGGUCCUGCAUGCUUUCACAGAGGCAGUGCGAAUUCUCUUCCACGACAAAAAGGGCGUCGUGUGGCCAGCAUUGACCCGGCUUUUUUGCAGCUACACCAUUACGAUUGUGGCCAUUGUCACACCCUAUGCAGCCGUGCAAUGGACGGCGUACGAAAGAUACUGUGCUGUUGAUAUUACUCCGAGGAGUAGUACUACAUCUUCAGCGGCCACGUCGACAUCUUCGAGAACAUUCGAGACGCCUCCCCCCUGGUGCGACUGGCAGACGCCCAGUGUGUAUGCCUAUGUUCAGCAAAAGGUGUGGAACAACGGCUUUUUGGCAUACUGGCAGUUCCGACAGAUACCCAACUUUUUGCUUGCUUCGCCGUUAUUGUGGGUGCUUGGCACGCACUAUUCGAGAUUAUGGGCGGAUUUUCGGAUGGCAGCAGUUGGCGGAGAAAGCAGUCGUGGGACGAAAACUAGUAGUACGAAGUUGUCUCUUCUGUCAGCGCAGGUAGACCGAUUACUAGCACAGAAGGAAACCAUCCACAUUCUGAGAAGAGCAGAAUAUGAUAUCUUCAUGUUGAUUUUCGUACUCUUCAUCGUUACGACUGCUCACGUGCAGAUCGUUACGCGUGCUGCUUUUGCAUCAUGCCCAGCAAUCUAUUGGAUUUUACUGCACUUUGAUGAAAAGAACCACAACAUUUUUGGUUUUUCCGCAACCUGGUUCUGGACUGUCUUGUAUAUAGUCUUAGGUGUCGUGCUGCACUCCAAUUUUCUGCCGUGGACUUAGUCGUGUCAGGACACUGGGGAUGAACAACCAC